AAGUGACGCUAUCACGCCUCGCCGGGACGGAAGCCUGAAUCGCCGGCCCAAACAUGGCGUCCUCCGCUUCUGCUGGGACUCCGGCGGGGAAGCGGGUGGUCAAUCAGGAAGAACUGAGGCGGUUGAUGAAGGAGAAGCAGCGCCUGAGCACCAACCGGAAGAGGAUAGAGUCUCCGUUCGCCAAGUACAACCGUCUGGGGCAGUUGAGCUGCGCACUUUGUAACACGCCGGUCAAGAGCGAGCUCCUGUGGCAGACCCAUGUUCUGGGGAAGCAGCACCGGGAGAGAGUAGCCGAGCUGAAAGGCGCCAAGGGAGCAACCCCGGGACCGUCGGCCAGCGCGGCGCCUCAGCCCAUCAAGAGGAGAGCGACAGAUGCGGAGAGCCAUGACGCCAAGAGAACCAAGGCCUCCGUGGGGCCUCAGGUACAGCCCUCCACCUCGGCCUCGCCCGCCAACUUUGAGAAAUCGGGAAAAGAGGCCGCUAGGGCAACCUCCAGUAAACCUUCUGGACUCGGUUUACUCCCUGAUUAUGAAGAUGAGGAAGAGGAAGAGGAGGAAGAAGAGGGAGGUGGAGAAGGAAGAAGGGACAGCAGCAAGCAUCUUCCAGAUGCACAGGGCAAAACCAAAGAACAUUCGCUUGCCUCUCCGACAACGAGUAAUGUGCUGCCAAAUGAUCCCUUUAAUACAAAUCCUCCCAAGGCCCCCUUAGUUCCUCAUUCAGGGUCAAUUGAGAAAGCAGAAAUACACGAAAAGGUGGUGGAAAGGAGAGAGAACACCGCCGAAGCAUUACCGGAAGGGUUCUUCGACGACCCUGAGGUAGACGCAAAGGUCCGGAAGGUUGAUGCCCCCAAAGAUCAAAUGGACAAAGAGUGGGACGAGUUUCAGAAGGCCAUGAGGCAAGUCAACACUAUUUCCGAAGCUAUAGUUGCCGAAGAGGAUGAGGAGGGACGGUUGGAUCGGCAGAUUGGAGAGAUUGAUGAGCAGAUAGAGUGUUACCGUCGGGUGGAAAAGCUGCGGAAUCGCCAGGAUGAAAUAAAAAACAAACUUAAAGAGGUUCUGACCAUAAAGGAAUUGCAGAAGAAGGAAGAAGAGAAUGUGGACAGUGAUGACGAGGGAGAAUUACAGGAUUUGCUGUCCCAGGAUUGGCGGGUGAAAGGGGCUUUGCUGUAAGGUUUUGAAGAUCCAAGCUUUCCAUCAUUCUCCGCUACCCCGUAAAAAGUGCUGUGUUCUAGUACUUGUGUUACUCUAGCCUUGGGUACCCUGAGUUGUUGAGAUAAAAUAAGCUAGUGAGCAGUAAUACUUCGGGGAAGGUACAGCGGUGCUAUUUAUUAUAAAAUGUUUGAGGCAAACCUGUUUUUGACAUUUUUGAAAUUAUAACUGCAAAUUGCCAACUUUUUCCGUGUUUACAGACUUAAUGUUGAUUUUCAGUUGUAAAUACUGUAUAUAGCUAAAUAUAUAUUUACAUAAGUCACUGUUUUGAAACUUAUAAAUAGAAGUCAGACCAAAAAGACACAAGUUUCUAUGACCUCGAUGUGCAUAUGUAUUUUCGAGCCUUAAACUCCAGGGUUUGGGGCUUUGGGGAGGUUGUUUUUAAAAGGCUACUCAUAAACACGUAUAUUUUUUCAUAAA